UAUUAUUAUUAUUUUAUGCUCUCAAAAGAUUCCAUUUAACUCUACCGUGUUCAGCCGAAUUUUAAGAGACAAGCGGAGUUCAGUGCCCUCCCGGCCUCCCCUAUCCACAUUUCGUUCUAAAAGGUUCCCGAAGUGGGGAUUUGAUGGUACUGGUUCGGAUCAAUGACGAACUUUCACUGGUUUAAGCAGAUAUCAAACAAUGGUAGAUCCGAAAGGAGGCUCUCCCUCGGAGAAUACAAACGAGCUAUCUCUUGGUCCAAGUACCUGGUUUCUUCUGGAGCAGAGAUUAAAGGUUACGGAGAAGAAGAAUGGAGUGCCGAUUUGUCUCAGCUGUUUAUUGGGAUUAAGUUCGCGACGGGACGACACAGCCGGAUCUACCGCGGAAUAUACAAACAGAUGGACGUCGCAAUAAAGCUCAUUAGCCAACCUGAGGAAGACGAGAGCUUGGCUACUCUGUUGGAGCAGCAGUUUACCUCAGAGGUCGCGUUGCUCUUUCGCCUACGGCAUCCUAAUAUCGUCACUUUUGUUGGAGCAUGUAAGAAACCUCCUGUAUUCUGUAUCAUCACUGAGUAUUUGGCAGGGGGCUCACUGAGAAAAUACCUCCAUCAGCAAGAACCAUAUUCUGUUCCCAUUGACCUGGUUUUGAAGUUGGCCCUUGAUAUUGCACGUGGAAUGCAUUAUCUUCAUUCUAAGGGGAUAAUUCAUAGGGAUCUCAAAUCAGAAAAUUUGUUGCUUGGUGAAGAUAUGUGUGUGAAGGUGGCAGAUUUUGGGAUUUCAUGCUUAGAAUCUCAGUGCGGCAGUGGAAAGGGGUUCACAGGUACUUACCGCUGGAUGGCACCUGAAAUGAUAAAGGAAAAGAAACACACAAAGAAAGUUGAUGUAUACAGUUUUGGCAUGGUCCUCUGGGAACUUUUAACAGCACUGACACCAUUCCAGGACAUGACUCCUGAACAGGCUGCUUUUGCUGUCUCACAAAAGAAUGCAAGACCUCCUUUGCCCCCUACUUGCCCACUGGCAUUCCACCAUCUUACAAGUCGAUGCUGGUCAAGUAACCCAGAUAAACGGCCACACUUUGAUGAGAUCGUAUCAAUUCUUGAGAGUUAUGCUGAAUCUCUUGAACAGGAUCCUACAUUUUUCUCAUAUUACAAGCCAUCAAAACAUGAUACAUUCAUGCGAUGCAUCCCAAGGUGUAUUACUAUCUGUAGGUCCUCUUGUUUGAAAGCCUAGACAUGCAGUAUGUACCAUAUUUUUCUUUUCUUGCAGAGGUUCAUAUUUUCAAUUAUGAACCUUUUAUUAACGUUAGUUAAAGAUGAUUCCUAUUGGGGAACAAAGGUGUUCCUUCUCUUCUAUUGUUCUUAAUGCAUAAUCACCGUUAUUUACCUUGUUAUCUUCAUGUAGAGCCAGAAACUGGACUCCUGAAUUAUUUGAGUAUAUUGAAUAUAUCAUGUUACACUAAUUCUCCCA